AUGGAGGAUUCUAUGGUCAAGGACGUAGAACUAGAGGAAGAAAUCCCCGACAAGUUUCUCUGCUGCGUCUGCCUGGAACUUCUUUACAAACCAAUUGUGCUAUCGUGUGGUCAUCUAUCAUGUUUCUGGUGCGUUCACAAGUCUAUGAAUGGCCUCCGCGAAUCCCAUUGUCCUAUAUGUAGGGAUCCCUAUGUUCACUUUCCGUCUGUCUGCCAAAAGCUUCAUUUCCUGCUAAAGAAAAUAUACCCGCUUGCUCAUAAGAAGAGAGAAGAACAAGUUCUAAAGGAAGAACAGGAGCAAGAUUGUUUUUCUCCUCAGAUUGAUGUUGUUUUGGAUGAACCAAAGGCUAAGGAUCAGUCCGUAAAUGUCUCUGAUGAGCAGAAGGUGGAAGAGUGCUCAAGUGCGGCAAAGUUGUUAUCCAGUUCACCAAGUAGAUGUGACAGCCCCAGCAAUGAAGAACCCAAAGAUGCAGAAACUCUUAGUGUUCAUGAGACUGACUUACCUAAGAAUAACAAAGUCAGUAAGCAAAUUUUAAAAGAUGAUUUGCUCUGUUCAGCAUGUGAAAAGCUGCUCGUGCGACCCGUGGUUCUCAAUUGCGGACAUGUAUAUUGCGAAGGGUGUGUAGUAGAUAUGGCUGACGAGAGCGAAAUGAUCAAAUGUCAAGAGUGCCAUGUUUGUGACCCGAGAGGAUUUCCAAAAGUUUGUUUGGUUCUUGAGAAGCUUUUGGAGGAAAAUUUUCCUGAAGAAUACAAUUCAAGGAAAAGUGGGAUUCAGAAAACGCUUGCCCAUAGUAGCAAAGGGAAUUUUCAAAGCUAUCAGAAAGAAGGCCCAUCCUUAUCUGACAACAACAAUGAUCUUCCCUGGUGGGCAACCCUUGGAUCUAAUGUUCACAUCGGAGCUGGUUGUGAUUCUUGUGGAGUGUAUCCAAUCAUAGGGGAUCGAUACAGAUGCAAAGACUGCAAGGAGAAAAUCGGGUACGAUCUUUGUAAAGAAUGUUACGAGAGUUCUUCAAAAGUUCCAGGGAGAUUUAACCAGCAACACACUCCAGACCACAAGUUUGAGCGUGCGCGUGUUCCUCAGCUUAUGAUCAAUUCGAAUUCUAUUGGGUUUCUUCUGGGACCAAUGGUUAACGCAGAUGUAGGCGCGGGUUCUGAUGAGAGUGAGGAAGAGCCAACUGGUUCUAAUGAGUCAUCAUCAAACACUGAAUGA